AGUGUUUGUGUGGAGAACAAUAAACGUCAUGUUGCUAUGCCAGUGAGAAAAGGAAACGUCGGCCAGUGACCGCGGUCAAGUGCAACAACAACAAAAAAAUUCCUGACACCUGUUAUAGAAGUAACACAUUUGAGUGAAUGAAAAGGCAUGGACCUAAGUAAAAUAAGCAAUUCGUUUGUUGGGACUUAAUUGAGGCAGAAGAAUAGCCGAUUUACUUAUGGCAAGUCCGGAGAGAAAUAAGAAGAUUCUGCUUGAUAUGGUGAAACAGCCCAGCAACGACCAUUGUGCCGACUGUGGGGCCCCUGAGCCAGACUGGGCCUCAUACAAACUUGGUGUGUUUGUAUGUGUGAACUGUUCUGGGACACAUCGGGACUUGCCUGCCAUCAGCCGGAUAAAGUCCAUAGGCUUGGAUUUCUGGGAUGAUUCCCUAGUAGAGUUUAUGAAGACAAGGGGUAACGCUGCAGCCAAUGCGUUCUAUGAGAAGUGUGUUCCGCCGUUCUACUACCGGCCACAGGAGAAGGACUGUGUUGUUCUUAAAGAUCAGUGGAUACGUGCUAAGUAUGAGAGGAGAGAAUUCACAGGAGAGAAUUACUCCCUUCAACAAGUUUAUAGUUCAGGACUUUACGAAAGAAUACUAUGGAAGAAAGGCAAGGACAACAAGCAGUUCCUGAAAAGGAGAUUCCUGCUCUCUGAAACGGACUUCACCUUGAGAUACUUCACCAAGGAGGAUUCCAAGAAGCCCAAAGCAGUCAUCUCUAUGAAGGACCGAGGUGCCGUGUUCCAGCCGGAAAAGAUAGGCCACGCCCACGGGCUGCAAAUCUCCUACCUGGAGGAAGAACGGACCAGAAACUUGUUUGUUUACCAUGACAACAGCCAGGAAAUUGUGUCCUGUUUCAAUGCGAUUCGGGCCACCCGGUUUGCUUACCUCAAGAAAGUCGACCCUAAUUCCAGGGAGUGUGACCUUGUACCUUUGAUAACCAGAAGUAGCAUUAAAGAAGGCUACAUGGAGAAAACCGGCCCAACGCAAUGGGAGCCAUUCAAGAAGAGAUGGUUCAUCUUAAACUUAACGGACAGAAAGCUGUCCUACUUCAAAACUUCACUGGAUGCCUUGGAACUGGGAGCUGUCUUCAUCGGCACAGAGGUCCAUGGCUACUCUGUGAGAGAGGGCCAGCCUAAGGGGAACCGCAGUGGCAGGUGGAGGUUCGGGGUCACCUUGGAGACACCAGACAGGCAGUUUGUCUUCCUGUGUGACCAGGAGCAGGACCAGAGGGAGUGGAUAGAAGCCUUCAAACUAGUAAUCUCCCAGCCUAUGCUACCGCAGCACUACAACACUGAGGCAAACAUGAGAAGGAUGAAAAAAUGAAUGGUGUAAAAACCAGAGGAAAGGAAAGCACCAUUUACAGGAAGAAAUGGCAAUGUGUGAGGCUGGCUGCCUGUUUCAGAGAGACUACCAGUGACAGGAGGAGGCUUCUCACAAGAGGUGAUCAGUGAACUCUUCAAUGGAGUCAUGUUUAUCGUAAAAUGAUGAGAGGCUAAAUGAACUCAGGCUAAAGAGGCUAAACGAACUGAAGAGCUGCCAAUGUGGACCAGCACUGGUAAUCAUUGCAAAUCACCAUUAUCCGGUGCAUCUUGCAAACCAGUGACAGGACUGACUAUUAUGAGAUGGGAACUGAUGUCAUUGUCGGGGACAUUGGGAAUGUAAUAUAUACUUUCUAUUAACUACUGUUCAUAUACACUGAGCGUAUAAAACAUUAAGGACACCUGCUCUUUCCAUGACAUAGACUGACCAGGUGAAUCCAGGUGAAAGCUAUUAUCCGUUAUUGAUGUCACUUGUUAAAUCCAC